GAAUGGGCGAGCGAUGGCGAGCAGUCAAUCGUGUCGACGCUUUCCAAUCGGAGUCUCGAGCUGAUCCACUCUCGUCUCCGACUGCUGUAAUGAUCCGAUCAUUGCUCACCGUCUUCUGAUUUGCCUGCAGUGUAGAGAGAGUACCUCUCCGUGUUUCGUCAGGUCAGAUUCUGCGAAUUCCUCUGUACAUAGCACGCCGACAUCGUCUGGCUUCGUCGCGCGAUUCCCUCGUUCGUUUCGGUUGAGCAAUUGCACAUGUUGGGCCCUAGGCUGGAUCCAAGCAUCCGUAUGCAUUUCCUCACACGCAGAAGUUUCCCGCAGUCUGUGUCUCGGUAUAAAUCGGCGUAACCCUAGCGGAGGUGUUCGUUUCUCGUUUCCAACGACGCAUUGUACAUUCUUCAUCCGUUGGAAUUGACAGGUGCUGGGAUUAUUGGAUUCUAUAUCGCUGGCUUUUAACGAGUUUUAGUACAAAAUGGCGGCAGCAUGUUCGCUGGUCGGGCCGAGUAUGUUUUCGAGUCAUAGCAGAAGAGUCUUGGUGACAGAAUUUUCAGCGGUAGAAGUUUCGUCUAGCAGCAGCGUGGUCGAUGUACCAGUGCGAGCUAGAUGCACAUUUCGGAGCUCGAGUGUGGGUUCCGGACACGGGCCAUGCAUCCAGAGAGCAGCGAAGGAGUUGGAUACCUGUCUGUCGUAUUCGCCGUUCAGCUCUUCAUCGCCAUCCGCCGACGAGCGGUGGAGGUCCCAGGGUUCCCGUGGCAGCCAUCUCGAAGCACUCGACAUGGGCAUGUUUGGAACAGCAGCGGAAGGAGAGAGAAUGGUGCCUGGUUUGGAAGUAGGUGCUGGUUCUUGGUUGGAACAUCACUCGGAAGAGACGUCAAGCAGCAGGGGAACGUCUGGUGGAGUUCCCGUUUUCGUGAUGUUGCCCUUGGACAGCGUGAAAAUGAGCAACGUCGUGAACAGGAAGCGAGCCAUGAACGCUAGUCUCCUCGCUCUGAAGAGCGCUGGCGUUGAAGGAAUUAUGAUGGACGUGUGGUGGGGAAUAGUGGAGAAGGAUGGUCCAAUGAAGUACAAUUGGUCUGCCUACUUAGAGUUGAUUACCAUGGCCAGGAAGCACGGCUUGAAGGUGCAGUGCGUAAUGUCGUUCCAUCAAUGUGGUGGGAACGUGGGGGACACCUGCACUAUUCCUCUUCCUCCGUGGGUCGUUGAGGAAAUCAAGAGUAACAACGACUUAGUGUAUACUGACAAGAACGGAAAUCGGAAUUUCGAGUACCUGUCGUUGGGAUGCGACAGUCUUCCUGUGCUGAAAGGAAGGACUCAGGUGCAAGUUUACAGCGAUUUCAUGAGGAGCUUUCGAGAAACUUUCAAAGACUUGCUCGGGAACACUGUCAUCGAAAUUCAAGUGGGCAUGGGACCUGCAGGAGAACUUCGUUACCCUGGAUAUCCUGAGCAAAACGGUCGUUGGAGGUUUCCCGGAAUUGGGGAGUUUCAAUGCUACGAUAAGUAUAUGAUCGCCAGUCUGAAGAGCGCCGCCGAGGCAAUCGGAAUGCCUGCAUGGGGUCAUGCUGGACCGAAUGAUGCUGGUGAUUACAACCGGUGGCCCGAGGAAGUAGCUUUCUUUUCACGCGAUGGAGGGUGGAAGAGUGCCUACGGCGAGUUCUUCCUGGAUUGGUACUCGAAAAUGCUUAUCAAUCACGGAGAGAAAAUUCUGUCAGCUGCAGCUGGGAUCUUCCGAGGAACUGGUGCCGUUCUUUCCGGCAAAGUUGCUGGUAUCCACUGGCAUUAUGGAACCAGAUCGCACGCCGCCGAACUGACUGCAGGGUACUAUAACACUCGUUACCGAGACGGAUAUGCGCCGAUUGCACGUAUGUUUGGUCGGCAUGGAGUGACCUUAAACUUCACGUGUAUCGAGAUGAAGGAUGAAGAACAGCCUCCUCAAGCAUCUUGCAGUCCUGAGAGUUUGUUGAAGCAGGUGACAGUGGCGUCUCGGACUGCAGGCGUGCGUCUGGCGGGAGAAAACGCUCUCCCUCGCUUUGAUCAAACGGCAUACAAUCAAGUGGUGAAGAAAUCUCGUCUGCAAUUUAAUCUGCCUGUCGACAGUCACGAAGAGCAGGAGCCAAUGUGUGCCUUCACCUACCUGCGCAUGUCUGAGAGUCUGUUCCAAGCAGAGAACUGGCGACUGUUUGUUCCAUUUGUCAGACAUAUGCAGGAAGGAAGGACGUUCCAGACUUGGGAGCAAGGUCAUCAAGACUCUGAAUCUCAUGUUCAUGCCACGAGACCUAUGGUUCAGGAAGCAGUCCUCAUGUACCAUUAAAUUGAGUUGAGGAACAGGACUGUGGCUUCGAAAGCUACUGACCAGUGCGAUAUAUAUUUGUGUGUAUGUCCCAGCCAGCAUCAAUGAUUGAGAUAUCUGCAAUGUCCCCUCUGCCGUAGUUUGCACCCAUUCAAACGUUAUCAGUACAUAGAUAGGUAGAUCAAUGUCAGAUAUGGCGACUUUGUACAUAGAAAUUAGUCGACAUGGCAAUCACAGGGAAGGUUACAAGGCGAAUAUCGCUGGUGCAGGCGAUGUCUGUAAACUGUAGAUUAAGCUUGAAAAAACUUGUGUACAGGAUUUUGUAGAAUGAAGAAAUUCUGCAGAGAGAAUGUAGUUGCAUCAUGUAACAUAUCACCUCAAUGUGUUUAAUUGAAGUGAAUGUAUUCAUUUGCUUUAUACUUGAACUGUGCUGUAAAUUCAAUACGUAUUGGAAUUUAUAUGAAAACC